UGUAUAUGUGUCUACUGUUUCUCAAGCGGAGAAUUCCCGGUGAAUGACAACGAGGCAACAGGCUCACGUGUUGUUACUGUGUGUACGAGGGGAACACGUUUAGGCGGCGUGUUUGUUUCAUUGGCGAAGCGAACAGGCUUGGGCAUUCUUUUCCUUCAAUCGACGACGAAGCUUGCAUUGACUGCGGUUGCACAAGAAAAUACCGUCGUUACGAUCGAAAGAGACUCGCGAUCCCCAAAAAAUGAGCCCGCAAACUUUCUAAACUAAAGAGAUCGACGUCCAGGAAGAAUCUGCGAAAAUGGUGCCCUCGUCGAGGCUGCUCCAGGACGAGCCAGCCGAUUCCGCGACAGAAACUAGCCCCAGAAAUCCGCCCGACAGACCAACGACCCUGCCGUCGAUCGUGAUCGAGGACGUCGGAGGCAACGACGAUGAUCCACCGCCUUACAGCGCGGUCGUUCCGCCGGAUCACGUCGGUUGGCCUUUCAACUUUCCUGCGAUUCCGUAUUCCGCGUGUACGACGACGAGCUGCAGAACGGAGGCCGCCCCGUUGGCCGAUUUCCAAACGAACCCGACGUCGCCGGGUUCCGAUUUCCAUCCCGAGGGAACGGACAGUCAGCACGCGUCGAUCUCGAUGCCUUUAAUGCCGUACAGGCUGCUCAUGUUCGGCUCCCGUAGAUCUCUGUUCACGCACGGCGGACUGCCGUUCUCGGAUAACAUCUCAGUGAGGAAGGACGGGAACGGAAGGACACGCAAGUACGGCGCAAUUCUGGUCGGUGCGGCCGUGAUCACCUUCCUCAUGGCGCUGUCCUUGCUGGUGCGAUUCGUCAUGGACAGAAAUCUUUGGCGCGGAUAGAACCGAGGCUCCACGGAAACCGUCUGACAUCUGGUUUUACUUUUCCCGUUCUCGAUCUAGACUGAAUCUAGAGUAAGCGUUGUCACAGUAUAAUUCC